AGGGGACAGACCCGUUAUGGAUGGGGACAGGCUUCCACGGAAAGUGAUGGAUGCUAAGAAGCUUGCCAGCCUCCUGAGGAACGGGGCAGAGGGCACCCUGGUCAUCGACAGCCGCUCCUUUGUGGAGUACAACUCCUGGCACGUCCUCAGCUCCGUCAACAUCUGCUGCUCCAAGCUUGUCAAGAGGCGACUCCAGCAGGACAAGGUCUCCAUUACAGAGCUCAUCCAGCCAGCCUCCAAGAUGAAGGUGGAGGCAGAAGAGCACCAGGACGUGGUGGUGUACGACCAGAGCACACGGGAUGUGAAUGGCUUGGCUGCCGACAGCUUCCUCUCCAUCCUCCUGGGCAAGCUGGACAGCUGCUUCCACAGCGUCUCCAUCCUCACAGGAGGCUUCGCCACCUUCUCGUCCUGCUUCCCAGGACUCUGCGAAGGGAAGCCAGCCGCCAUCCUGCCCAUGAGCAUCUCCCAGCCAUGCUUACCCGUGGCCAAUGUGGGGCCCACGCGCAUCCUGCCGCAUCUCUACCUGGGCUCCCAGAAAGACGUCUUGAACAAGGACCUGAUGACACAGAACGGGAUAAGCUAUGUCCUCAAUGCCAGCAACUCCUGUCCCAAGCCAGACUUCAUCUCUGAUAGCCACUUCAUGCGCAUUCCUGUCAAUGACAACUACUGUGAGAAGCUGCUUCCUUGGCUGGACAAGUCCAUUGAGUUCAUUGAUAAGGCCAAGGUGUCCAGCUGCCAGGUGAUUGUGCACUGCUUGGCAGGGAUCUCCCGGUCAGCCACCAUCGCCAUUGCCUACAUCAUGAAGACCAUGGGGAUGUCGUCAGAUGAUGCCUACAGGUUCGUUAAAGAUCGUCGCCCAUCUAUUUCGCCCAACUUCAACUUCCUGGGCCAGCUUCUGGAGUAUGAGAGGAGCCUGAAGCUCCUCAAGGCUUUGAAAGCCCAGGGCGACCGGAGUGAGGGCGAUGCCCAGCAGGACCCAGCUGAGGUGCCUGAGAGCAGUAGGCAUUCAACACCAUCUACCUCAGAAAAGGCCGAGGAGAUACCGAAAAGCACAAGCUCAGCGCCCUCCCACAGCGACUCCGAGAGACAAGUGGGAACUCCUAAAAUCUUGUCACCCACAGCACUACAGCAAGGACUCAAUGGCUUGCACCUGUCCUCAGAGCGCAUCCAAGACACCAACCGGUUAAAACGCUCCUUCUCCCUAGACAUCAAAUCCGCCUACUCCCCUGGCCUGAGGCAGGAUGUCCCAGGCCCCACUGACACAGGGGAAGCCCCGAAGCUCUGCAAGCUGGACAGCCCCUCCGGACCCAAUGGCGUGUGCCAGUUCUCCCCGGUGCCGGACAGUCCGGACUGGCCGAGCGGGCCAGACCUCCUCUUGGAGGCCAAGGUGAGGCAAAGGCGGAAGCACAGGCAUCAGGCAGGUUCUCCUGCCCACGGGCUUAGCCUCAACUUCAAUGGCGUGUGUGCUGUGCACAAAAGCACCAGCGUGGAGGACAAUCUCAAGCAGACGCUGCGGCUCAGCCUGCCCAGCGUGGGACAGCAGCCUGUCCAAGCAGCGACCACGCCGAAUGGCACCGGCACCGGUGGGGGAAUCAGCCCAUGGGGGGUCCACCUGGAGUCUCCGGGCACCCCGUCCUCAGAGAGCACCUGGUACUUUGGCACAGACUCGGCCGUGAGCGGCAGCAGCGGAGGGAGCGGGGCUCUGUUUGCCAGCACCACCUCCUACUCCUCGUUCAGCUGCAACGCCAUGCAGGGCAGCUGCGAGAUCAGACUGAGAGACAAGCAGCGGGCCGAGCAGCGGGACGGGCGCCACAGCUGGCACGAGGACGCCAAUGCUGAGAAGCAGUUCAAGAGGAGGAGCUGCCAGAUGGAGUUCGAGGAGACCAUGUCAGAGGGCAGGUCCCGGGAAGACCUGGGCAAAAUAGGCAAACAGUCUAGCUUUUCGGGCAGCAUGGAAAUCAUUGAGGUGUCCUGACAUUCAUCCCGGGCACUCGGAGAAGAAGGGUGGGGGGAUA